UAUGGGAGCAGUUUCCAGUGUGACCUGUGAGUCUAAUGUGCGUGAUUCACCAGAAACUUGAGGAAAAAUGUACUCAGUUUGCGAGUCUUCAUGCCAAACGUGAGUCAUCUACCGAAACGACUUGAGUAGAUUAAAUGGUCCUCACAGCCUGGUUGUUUACAAGGGAUCCAUGCAACUGCCUUCUGGAGCAAGAACACAAUUUUUCUUAACCCAUGGCUUAAUUUUAAAGUGAAGCUGUGGAAAUUAUUCUGUCCUCUGAAAGGUCUAUGUUACUGAUGAAACAUGCCCUUACCGUUUGGAUUAAAGCUUAAGAGGACUCGAAGAUAUACAGUCUCCAGCAAGAGCUGCCUGGUCACACGCAUACAGCUGCUUAAUGGCGAAUUUGUUGAGUUUACACUUUCUGUGGAGAGCACAGGCCAGGAAUGUUUGGAAGCAGUUGCUCAGAGACUCGAGUUACGAGAGAUAAUGUAUUUCAGUCUCUGGUACUUCAAUAAACAAAACCAGCAACGAUGGAUUGAUUUAGAAAAGCCUCUGAAGAAACAACUUGACAAGUAUGGACAGGAGCCCACUGUUUACUUUGGAGUCAUAUUCUAUGUGCCAACAGUUUCCCAACUACAACAAGAGAUAACCAGAUACCAGUAUUACCUCCAGCUUAAGAAAGAUGUUUUGGAGGGCAGGAUUCCUUGUUCAAUAGAACAAGCCAUCCGCUUAGCUGGCCUGGCUGUACAAGCUGACUUUGGUGACUUCAACCGCUAUGACUCACAGGAAUUUCUUCAAAAAUUUGUUCUUUUCCCUAUGGAAUGGAUUCAAGAUGAGAGGGUUGUUGAAGAAGCCACUCAAAAAGUUGCCCUGCUUUACCAAAGCUACCGAGGUCUGCCAGUACAAGAAGCUGAACUGUUGUACAUGCAAGAAGUUGAGAAGAUGGAGGGCUAUGGUCAAGAAAGUUUUCAAGCAAAGGAUAGCCAGAGUGGAGAUAUACUUAUUGGAUCCUGUCUGGAUGGUAUUUUUGUUAAACACAAAAAUGGCCGAGCACCUCUCCUAUUCCGAUGGAAUGACAUUAACAACAUGACACACAACAAGUCUUUCUUUGCCCUGGAGCUGGCCAACAAAGAAGACACCAUUCAGUUUCAGACUGAAGACAUGGAGACUUCCAAAUAUGUCUGCAGAAUGUGCCUGGCACGACACAGGUUCUACAAGAUCAACAAAAGUACUCUAGAGGAAUCUGAAGCUCCACCUUCUGAAAGCUCCCAGAAGUCCAUUCUCACUCUUUCAUUUCCACGCUUUCCAAUGCUCUCUCGUUCCUCUCUGCCUUCUAACAAGGGCCAAGCUGAACCAGCGCCAGUGAACCCGGUUAGACGGCGCUCCUCCACAAGAAUUUCAAUGCCCAAACCUCAGACAUACAUGAUGCCACCACCACAGUUGCACUACAGUAGCCAUUACCGGGAGCCUUACAAAUCCUCUCAAGACAAUCUUUAUAUGAACAAUCACAACGGUUACUACUACCACUCUCAGACCAGUCUAGACCGUUCACCACAUGAGUAUAAUGGAAGAAUCCGGAAUGGCAGUGUGUACAGUGCCCACAGCACCAGCUCCCUCACCAACCCCCAACACUAUAUGCAGCCGUCACCAAUGUCCUCAAAUCCAAGCAUCACUGGCAGUGACAUCACACGGCCUGACUACGUGCCCUCUCAACGUCAUAGUGUAUUGAUCCCACCCUCAUAUCGUGCCACACCCGACUACGAGAGCGUGAUGCGCCAAAAGAACCACAGUGCCAUGGUAGCCAUGCCUGAUCGUCAUAGCCACUCUAUGAGGAACCUCAACAUUGGCAACUCUUAUGCCUACAGCCGACCUGAUCCACUUGUGUACAGCCAACCUGAGAUCCGUGAGCACAGAGGAACAGCAGCUCAGUAUCACCUCCACUACAGCUUUCAUAGCCCAUCACCAUACCCAUACCCAGGUGAGAGGAGGCCAGUGGUGGGUGCCGUCAGCGUGCCUGAGCUUACUGAUGUGCAGUUGGCGCAGGCCCAUGCUUACCCGGCACCCAACAUCAUGGGGGCUCAAGUGUAUCGACCGCCUCCGCCUUAUCCCUACAGCCGCCCGCGGCCCGCCAACAGCACACCAGACUUGUCACGUCAUCUCCAUGCGAGCAGCAGCAGCCCUGACCUUAUUACACGCCGUGUACACCAUUCUGUGCAAACUUUUCAGGAAGAUAGCCUGCCUGUGGCACACUCGCUACAAGAAAUGAGUGAGCCGCUCAUCCCCACUGUCACACGACGCCCUUACACACACAAGCGGAACUCUAUUGAGCUCGCUGGCUUGACGUAUGGGCUGGAAAACAUGAGAAUGAAGGAGAGGACAGUUUCUGUUUCUGCCUCCGAAACGGCGCCCAAGCUCAUUCCACCUGUUGCUCACCCUGCAUCUGCUUCUACCUCGGAGCUUGACGUCUUCCAGGAGAGAACUGAGGCUGAAGACAUGGUUCUAAAAGACAAUGUGCACUAUGGUCACAAAAAAUCCCUAUCUGAUGCCACCAUGUUGGUCCACAGUAGUGGAGAGGAAGAAGAGUUUGAGGAUGACAGCGGCCGACACACACCCCAGUCGCAGGAUGCUGUAGCAGCCCCCAAGGAACAUGUCAAUGUUCUUGAGAUCCCUCUAAGGGAGACACCUCUGCCUGCCUAUCCUUUCAGCCCCAGUUUGGAUCAGGUUAUGCCCAGCCCUCUGGGAUUUCAACCGCAGCCUCGUAUCCGGGAGCAGGAUGAGACAGGAUCUCUUUACCCAUAUAGUGAGGCAGAUGCCAUCAUGCCUUCAUUUUCAGAGGGCGAUCUGAGCAACCAAAGUCGAUGGAAGCCUAAAAGAGAAACGAUCAAAAAAAGACCAGUUUCAGAUGUGCCUUCUGCACGAAGAAACAUCGAUGGCCUUCCACCACCUGGCAUGAAGAAAGGCUUCCGUUCAGAGAUAAAGAAGACGGGUCCGCUGAAGCUGGCGACUCUCAAUGGUUUGACACUUGCUCGAAUGCCUGUAGCCGAUGAGGCCAAAGAUGAACAUGGGAAAGCCUCUAAUGAUGACAGGUGUAAGCUACUAGAGCAACACCUGGAGCAGGGCCUGGUGUUUACAGAAUAUGAGCAAAUGCCAAAGAAAUGGCCCAGCAGUGAGUGCAGCAUUGCACAGCUUCCAGAGAAUGCAGAGCGAAACCGCUUUCAAGAUGUGCUGCCUUACGAUGAGACACGGGUGGAGCUUGUACCCACUAAAGAGAACAACACAGGAUAUAUCAAUGCCUCACAUAUCAAGCUUACAAUAGGGGGAGAGGAGUGGAAUUAUAUUGCAGCUCAGGGUCCCCUCCCUAACACAUGUCAAGACUUCUGGCAGAUGGCUUGGGAACAAGGGGUUGCAAUUAUUGCAAUGGUUACUGCUGAAGAGGAGGGAGGACGAGAAAAGAGCUUCCGUUACUGGCCCCGUCUAGGCUCCCGCCACAACACUGUUACCUAUGGCCGCUUUAAGAUAACCACACGUUUUCGUACAGAUUCUGGUUGCUAUGCCACCACAGGCCUGAAGAUUAAACACCUACUGACAGGCCAGGAGCGAACUGUCUGGCACCUGCAAUACAUGGAUUGGCCUGACCACAGCUGCCCUGAAGAUUUUAAAGGCUUUCUGUCAUAUUUGGAGGAGAUUCAGUCUGUGAGGCGGCAUACCAACAGCACCAGCGAUCCAAAGAACACAAACCCUCCUGUGCUAGUACACUGUAGUGCAGGGGUGGGGCGCAGCGGUGUGGUCAUUCUCUCUGAGAUCAUGGUCGCCUGUAUGGAACAUAAUGAGAUGCUGGACGUCCCCACUGUUCUGAGCCUGCUGCGACAGCAACGCAUGAUGAUGGUGCACACAGUUUCUCAAUACACCUUCAUUUACAAAGUUCUAAUACAGUUUCUUAAAAACUCCAGACUUAUAUAAGCUCACAUUGUUGCUUAUGCUGUCACAUGCCUGGACAAUGUUUUUGUCAUAACUGGAACAGGUCAUUAGGCCCCUCAGGAUUUUGCAGAGUGUGAAAGGGCAGUGUGCUGAAGGGAGAUAGACUGCAGUCUCCUUACUUCCACUCCAUGAGCUCUUUCUCUGAGUAUUAGUGAUGGAGCUAGGGCAGGUAUGAACGAUGCUGGAAACCAGCAUGUACAUUCUCAUUAAUCAGUAUUAUUCAGAUAUUUCACUGUGGAGUUUUAAACUAUACUAUUGCUACUAAUGAAUCUCAGCACUUUUUAUUUUACUACAUUGAGCAAAGGACACUAAUGCUGCAUCUUUAUUGUUAAAUGUAUAACAAUAUUGAACGCUUUUUAAUGGUUUCUUUUUUCUUAAUGCCUAUCUUGGUUGAUAGUUGAAGGUUUACUGAGUUGAUAUGAACAUUAUGGUCCCAGUGUUUAAGUGUGUAAGUUUAAGGGUGAAAAUGAAGGAAUCUAUUGUGUAUUGUAGGAUGGCUACAUUUGUCCUCUUACAAUUUGAAUAUGUGCUCAAAAUGAAGGAUAUGAUAACUAAAACUAUAUGGCUCUGCACUCUCGCUUGAGGUUUGCAUUAAUGUAUGCAGUGCUUCACAUAUAAAGAAGUAUUGUGUUUGGCUUAAGUACACACACUGCACAGCUGCUGUGCAUCAUGGGUAAGUUUACAACCAAAGACAAGUGAAGAUUUUUGUGUGUGUAUAUUUUUGUUGAUUGUAUAACGCAAGUAUUAUAAAAUAAUUUAAUAACGUUCCAUAUCCCUCAUGUCUCGGUAAGGAUUUAUUAAACCCAAGACUUUUUAAUCCAAGAGUUUUUUAAUGCAACUAAUAAUCAGAGUGGUGUCAAACCUUUUUUUUUUGUGGGGUGGGGGGUUUGAAGAAUAACAAAUCUUUUGUUUUUAUUUGUUGUUUAUAACCUAGUUCCUUAGCCAAACAACAAAUGAUAACGUACCAAAGAAGCUGCAUUUUCCAGCUUAGAUUGUUACCAAUGUUUUUAAAUUACGUACAUAUUAAGCUUGGCUAGAAAUACAAUACUAUAAGUAAGAGACUUAUGAUAUAAUAUGGAAUAACGAAAUUGAGGUGAUGUGCCGUCUUAGUUUAAUCCAUGUGUGCACAUACACUUAAAACUUGUGCAGUUCUUGCCAAGCCUGGAAAUCUGUGGUGAUGCAAGCGAUUGCAGCCUUUUUGUCUAUUGCCUAGAUUUCACAACAAAACCGAUAAGCAGUUAAAGCACAAGUUAUAACUUUGUCUACAAUUUGAGAUGAGAUAAGGACUUUGGAUCUGAGACAAGGACUUUCCUGGAUCUGUUGUUGGAUCAGGAAUUACAAGCAUCAGCAGUGCUUCACUGUAUGGGUCACUCGGACUCCAGUUCAAAAGCAUCACCUUUUAAGAUUCUGCUGUUUUCAUACAUUGUGUAAAUGUGAAUGCUACUGAAUUCAGCAUCGAAUUGGCUUUGGAUCACGAAUACAUGUAGGUUAAAUUAGUUAUAAUUAUUCUAAAACACUGGAGUCUGUUUGGCUUACUGUCUCUGUUGGCUCCAGAAUGCAUUUGACUUAAAUGUAUUAAAUGAAUUAAAACACAUGGAAUUGAUAAAAUAACUUGCUGUUGUCAAGCCUGUAUGAAAUCACAUGGAGGGUUUAAUUUAGAUUAGCAGUAGCGUGAGGGCAUUGGGGAAUACCUAUUUCUGUUAAAAUCAGUAGUUUUUUCACAAAUUGGGUCUAGACACAUUAAAGAAAGUUCUUUUCUUAGGAAACAAAUGCAAUCUUGGUUAUUUGUUGAUCAUUUUGAUGAAGCAAAUUAAAAUAUUUCAUUUGAUCAGCACUGUAGCUAGAUUGUUUUGACUCUUCACCGUAUUACCUCAGUCAAAUGAUUUGUUUAUUAUUAUUUACGAAGGGCUUAUGGUAUUUUGGUAGCAUUCAGAGUUCCUGGCAAAUCCAGAAACAGCUAAGCUCCAAAAACUUCAGGGUGAAAUGUGGUCAACAGCCCAGCAAUUUUGACAGAACUAUUUUUGCAGUAUUUAAUCAUUGCAACAGAUUUGUAUUUGAAUACAAAUAGGUUUCUCAUUGAAUGUGCCAUGUGUUUACAAUCAUAGUUGCUCUCCUUUUUUUCUAAAAGUUUAGAUAAUUUUUAUUUAUCAAAAAGAGCUAAAGUUUUAUACUCAAAAUGCUGAAAUUUUGUGCCCUUUGUUUUGCAUGUCUAUUAAACAAGGAUGGGCUUUGUCCAUUUAUUAUAGACUAAAACUAAGUUAAUUUGGUGUGUGAAUCAAUUUCAAUUGAUUUUUUUCCCAUCAUCCUUACCAUAGUUUAAAGGUUUCAAAGAAAUUAAGAGACAUGCCAUAUUUACACUAUUAACAUUUAUACCAUACGCUAAUUUGUGAGUUGCUUUUUGCACAUUAAUACCUAAUAUACCCAGUUCUGCUCAGACUCUUAAGAUAAACAAGAGUAUUUAAAAAGCUGUUCUGUUCUAAAUUGCCUGCAGUUUGUUUGUACAUAGAGAACAGCAUCUGUUUUCUUUUUCCCCAGACUGUUUAACUGACAUGUAUGUAUAUUAAAGAGACUUUGAAUUGAAAUAGAAGAGCAGAUUGCCCACAAAUUUGUGCUUUUGUUUUACAAAAUGUAAAAUCUUUGUAGCUGGAUUCAUGAGUUAGGAUUUACAGGAUUUACCUACUUCUCCCACUUAUUACUAUAAUACAAUGUUACAGAGAUUGAAUGAAAUAUUACGGACAAAAGUCAACGCUGACUGCUAUUGUUGUGGCUGUAUUGUUUCAAUAUAUGUAUAGAGCUGUCAUCAUGUUUAUGUUGUUAAUUGUAGUUAUACUAUUGAUUUUAAUGGUAGUUUUCUUUGCAUUAGCAAUGCCUUUGUAGUAAUGUCUGUCACUUGUGUCUCAUGGGUCGAGGAUGUAUCCUUAAGUCAUCACAAUUCAUAUCAAAUAACAAAUCACUUGUCCAGAGAAAAGCUUUCAUUCAGCAAAUAAAUAUUUUAAAUUA